CUUGAACAAAUUCCUACAGUUCAAUCUUCUCUUCACUCAUUCAGCCAUUACUCCCUCUCACUAUGUCGUCGUCAUCGACGUCGAUGACCUCAAAGUCUCCACGACUGAGACGUCCCAAAGGCAUCACAGGUUCCCCUAGCACACAUGAAAAUUUCCAGCAGGAUGAACCUGCGGACCACGUGUAUCAAAAUCCUAACGAUCGUCAUCCUAUAGAGCGGAUCCUUGAAACAGACCAAGCUAGUAUCAUCGUUGUAGGAAUACUGACGAUGCUGGCGUUCGCGCUGCGCUUGUACAAACUCAGUCACCCUGACCAAGUCGUUUUUGACGAGGUCCAUUUCGGCAAAUUUGCCUCGUACUACAUCCUGCGGACAUACUACUUCGACGUGCAUCCUCCUUUUGCGAAGUUACUGUUCGGUCUUGCAGGCUGGUUUGUUGGAUUCGACGGCCAGUUCCAAUUCGAGGACAUUGGCGACAGCUAUACGCUCAACCAUGUUCCCUACAUUGGCAUGCGCGCCCUCCCAGCUAUCCUCGGAAGUCUCACAAUCCCGGUUGUCUAUGCCAUUAUGAAGCAGAGCGGGUACUCCACGGUCAUAGCAGCAUUCUCGGCAUCUCUCAUUCUCUUCGACAAUGCCCACAUCGCACAGUCUCGCCUCAUCCUUCUUGACGCUACACUAAUCUUCUUCAUGUCACUCACCAUAUACUCCUACAUACGAUUCCAGAAGCUCCGUCACUGGGAAUUCUCCACAGAAUGGUGGGUCUGGCUGAUUCUCACGGGAACGUUUAUGGCGUGUACCUGGGGAUCCAAAGUUAAUGGUAUCCUCACGGUCUUUGCAAUCGGUGUUGCCGUUCUCAUCGACCUCUGGGAUCUUCUGGAUUACAAGAAGGGAAAUACUAUGGAUCAUUUCUGGAGACAUUUUACCGCUAGGGCAAUUGGACUCAUCGUAGUCCCUUUCGUGAUCUAUCUAUCUUUCUUCUAUAUCCACUUCGCUAUUCUCACACAAUCUGGGCCUGGUGACACAUUCAUGAGCCCCGCAUUUCAAGAAACGCUCGCGGGUAACGAAAUGCUAUUGAACAGUCAAGAUAUCAGAUAUUUUGACACCAUCACUCUGCGACACAAGGACACCAAAGUGUAUUUGCACUCGCACCCUGAGAAGUAUCCUCUGAAAUACGAGGAUGGUCGUAUCAGCAGUCAAGGACAGCAGGUCACUGGUUAUGCCCAUAAUGAUACGAACAAUUUUUGGCAAGUCAUACCCACCAAAUCACUGCCCGAAACCGGUCGUGGUCGGAUUGUUCGCAACGAUGACAUGAUCCAGCUCCUCCAUGUCAACACUAAUACGCUUCUCCUGACGCACGAUGUCGCAUCCCCCCUCAUGCCUACUAACGAGGAAUUCACAACCUGGCCAAGGGAUGACCAUUCACGAUAUAAUGACACGUUAUUUAGACUUCACCUCAUCGACUCUCACGACGGCGAGGCCUGGAAGACGAAGUCUGGGUACUUCAAACUAGUCCACGUCCCUACCCUUGUCUCGAUGUGGACACACAACAAACAGCUCCCUGACUGGGCAUUUAAGCAGCAGGAAGUCAAUGGUCAUAAAAGCGCAACAGAAAAAUCAGCAACAUGGUAUGUUGACGAGAUCAUUGCUACGGAGGAUGACGAUGAAGUCAGAAACCACACUGCGCCGGCACCUCCGAAAGUCCCGAAGAAGAUGAACUUCUUCCGCAAAUGGGGAGAACUCCAGUUGUUGAUGUUGCAGCAUAACGCGGGUCUGACGGCUUCGCAUCCCUAUGCCAGUAGCCCGAUUAACUGGCCGUUCUUAUUGAGUGGAAUAAGUUUCUGGACUGAGAACGAUGAGCAGAAGCAAAUAUAUCUAAUUGGCAAUGUGGUGGGCUGGUGGACAUGUGUGGUUAUGUUGUCGAUCUACGUUGGUAUCCUCGGCGCCGAUCUUUUGGCCCGACGUAGAAACCAUAAUCCUAUUGGAGAUCCUGUUCGCAACCGUCUUUGGAGCUCGACAGGAUUCUUCUUUGUCAUUUGGGCGGUACAUUACUUCCCUUUCUUCCUGAUGAACCGACAGCUUUUCGUCCACCACUAUCUCCCUUCGCACGUAGCCUCUGCCCUGAUUGCAGGCUCCGUGUUGAACUUCAUGCUUUCUGAUACCAUCAACUACCCGUCAUCGAUCCAUGGGCCAUUAACGCGUCCAAAAGUUCGAACUUACGCGGACAUCGGCUUGAAAGGACCUAUACUCUUUGUAUUAUUUUGCAUCGUAUUGUUCUCGAUGUUUGUUUUCCUGGCGCCUUUAACCUAUGGCACACCUGGCCUCACUGGUGAUCAAGUAAACCAGCACCGACUGCUGUCUACAUGGACACUCCAUUUUGCUGGAAAAAUGACUGCGGAGGUUCCAGCUUAAGCAGGUGUUUUUUGUGGAAGACGCUGUGGAAAGUGCCUUGUAUAUUACCCACUCUUUCUUGUAGAGAGAAGCAUAGUUGUGAGACCAUAUAUAACAUCUUUUUCUUCUGGGAGGCUGGGAGUAUGUUCAUAAAAACAUACUUAUCUCCUAUGAAUCGUUAGGCCCUCGCAAAUAAAUG